AUGGAGGAAAUGUUAUGGGUAUGUUGCUUUGCCGCUUUUUCGAUUGGCGAUUAUUUUGACUAUUAGUCCGUUUGAAAGCCGCUGAGUGAUUUUAACGACAUGCACUGUGCAAAAAAGUUCACUUUGCACCGUGCAAUAGGCUUUUUUGUGCUGUCGCUCGCUCCCUGAUUUUUCUCUGUCUUUGCCGGCGCAAUGCAAACGUCAAAAAUCGGUAAAAGUUCCUUAUUCUGGCCACAACUUAUAACUUUGCGGAAAAUGGACAGAAUUAGCCCAAAUUUGGCGUGCAGGCUCAACCCAUCGUUGUCAAUGCCCGGACAGUGGAUUUAGUUAGUGAGGUACCUUAUUUUUUACGUUCCUCCUUACCCUUCAAAAACGGCUGAAGCCUGCGAUUUUACACUUUAUUCGAUGAGACCUGUCCGGUACUAAACUUAUUGCCUCCGUACGGAACUAAAUAAGUCGUUAUAGCCUUUGUAGGUACGCUUAAAGCUAUAGAGCUAUUAUAGUAAUUCAGUGCCAGCAAAAUCACUCCAGCAACUUUAUGGACCAGCUUCAUCUCUCCUGUCUUUAGCAAGAAAUUCUCUGGGUUUGGCUAGCCUCAGUCGUCGGCGCCGCACUGCUCUUGCAGUGCAGCAAGCAGAAGGCCAAGAAGCCGCAAACGACUCCGAGCGGAGCGGGAAGCAAAAACGCCUCACAAGGAAGCACCAGCUCCACCGUCAAGCCAGUGGAGAAGGGCUCCAAAAUGGAUAGUCCGGGUCAGUUUUGGCGGUGGUUUUGAGGGAAGGGGCAUUAGAUACAGUCAUCAGUGAUUUAUACGGCUUUUGAACAGUGACAGAACUGAUCCAGCGGCAAAAAACGUAUCAUUUUGCAUCCGGGAAGUACAGGGUCUUUCAAGAAAUGUGAAGGAAAGUAGGAAGCAAUAACUUUCGGCGGAGGCGGCGCAGAGAGUUCGUUUUUGGAAUAUGUAUUUUUCGGAGACAUUAUUUUUUGCCUACGAAAUAACAAGAUUUUUAAGUGCAAACUGAGGUCGCUACAACCUUUUGAAGAAGGGCUCUUUUACCCCGAAAACCAGGGUUUUUCGGUUGAAAAUGAUCGAGAAAUUUCAGAGUUUUUCGGUCGAAAAUCACCGAGAAAUGUCGGAGUUUCAUGGAAUUUUUUGCCAGUCUCUUUACAAAAGUGCCAAAAAAUUUUGGCACUGUGUUGGAAAAUCCGCCGUGCAGCAGCUGGAGAUCCCGUUUGAAUCAUUUAGCCGACACACUCCACUCGAACUUCUGUGGUCCAACUCAUUUUUUUAAACGAAUAGUUGUUUAGAUGAUUUUUCAUCUUUUUAUUUGAAUUUUUGCUCCAUUUGCAACGUGUUGGCAAUUUCCUUCCUUGUUUUCAACGUCAGCUCUAUCGAAAUCCCCAAAAAAACCCGACAUUUCACGAUCAUUUUCAACCGAAAAACUCUUGAAAUUUCUCGAUCAUUUUCAACCGAAAAACCCUGGUUUUCGGGGUAAAAGAGCCCUUUAUCAAAAGGUUGUAGCGACUUCAGUUUGCACCUAAAAAUCUUGUUAUUUCGUAGGCAAAAAAUAAUGUCACUGAAAAAUACAUAUUCCAAAAACUAACUCUCUGCGCUGCCUCCGCCGAAAGUUAUAGCCUCCUACUUUCCUUCAUAUUUCUUGAAAGACCCUGUAUUAAAAAUGCGGCAAAAUGCCUCCCUCUAUAACUAAAAAACUCCGUUUUGAAUGGCGCGCUUUUGGAAUCGGGCUUUUUUCACUGGGAGAGGGAGGUAUUUUGCAACAUUUUUUGAUAAUUCCGGGAUGCAAAAUGGUACGUUUUUUGCCACUGGAUCAGGUCCCUCACUGUAUCUUUUUUGAAUAUUCAAUAAGCCACGAAUCCUCCAUUUUUUUCAUUUUCAGCGGUAAAGAAGGCCGCCUCGGCGGAGAAGCCCAACAAAAACAAGUCACAAGCUAAACCUAUUGAGGUGAAUAUAUUUUCCUUUUCUUGUGUGUCAUCAUUUCCCCCCAAAAAAAACUUAAAUUUCAGACUGAUUUCAACUCGCACAAGAAGAAGAUGAUCGAGGAGAAGUUGAAAAAGGAGAAGCAGGAAAAAAUUGAAAAGGGAUUCUUCCAGUCCAAGUCGGAUGAGGAUGAUACGCUGGAGAAGGUGGAGAGUUGCAAAUUGGAGAAGACUGAUGACGGACCGUCCUCCCGACGGAAGAGUUCCAAGAAGGGAAAGAAGUAG